AUGGAUGUAUUCACCCUCGACGACGUGGCCAAGAGGUCUACCGAAACUUCCGGGUACAUCGUCAUCGACAGGAAGGUGUACGAAAUCACGAACUACCUGUCCAAACACCCGGGUGGCGACGAUAUCUUGGCCGAGGUGCUAGGGACGGACGCGACAGAAGCAUUUCGCGAGGUGGGACACAGCGAAGAGGCCAUGGGCCAGCUCAAAUCUCUGCUGGUGGGCGAGCUGCAGCCUCAGAGAACUACAGUGGCCACAAAACCCAGGGCUGACACAGCGUUACUUCUUUACAACCACGAGCCGACGCUCACCUUUGCUGCCAUGGCUGACAUUGUCGACCUCACGGCGCCGAACGGCACCAAGAUCGCCCUCCCGACGGGCCUCUUCAUCAACAAUGAGUUCGUCAAGGCGACGUCGGGCGUCCAGAUCACCAGCAUCAACCCUAGCGACGAGUCGGUCAUCACAUCGGUGGAGGCCGCCUCAGCUGAAGACGUCGACCGCGCCGUCAAGGCCGCCCGCGCCGCACUGAGCUCGCCCGAAUGGGCCGGCAUCUCCAACACGGAGCGCGGCGCGCUGCUCUUCAAGCUCGCCGACCUCGUCGAGGAGCACAAGGAGGUCCUCGCGACCCUCGAGACGUGGGACAACGGCAAGGCCUACAGCGUCGCGCUCAACGACGACCUCAGCGAGUGCGUCGCCGUGCUGCGCUACUACGCCGGCUGGGCCGACAAGAUCCACGGCCAGACCAUCCCCACGACGCCCGCCAAGUUCGCCUACACCAUCAAGCAGCCCAUCGGCGUCUGCGGCCAGAUCAUCCCCUGGAACUUCCCCAUCAUGAUGGCCAUGUGGAAGAUCGGCCCCGCGCUCGCCUGCGGCAACACGGUCGUGCUCAAGCCGGCCGAGCAGACGCCCCUGUCCAUCCUCUACUUCGCCACGCUCGUCGGAAAGGCCGGCAUCCCGCCGGGCGUCAUCAACAUCGUCAACGGCUUCGGCAGGGACGCCGGCAGCGCGCUCUGCUCCCACCCGGACGUCGACAAGAUCGCCUUCACGGGCUCCACGGCCACCGCCCGCCAGGUCAUGAAGGCGGCGAGCGUCAACCUCAAGAACCUCACCCUCGAGACGGGCGGCAAGUCGCCCCUCGUCGUCUUCGGGGACGCCGACCUGGACCAGGCGGCCAAGUGGGGCCACGUGGGCAUCAUGUACAACCAGGGCCAGGUGUGCACGUCAACGUCGCGCAUCCUCGUGCACGAGGACGUCUACGACGACUACGUCGCACGGUUCAAGCAGGUCUGCGCCGACAACAAGGUCGGCGAGCCCUUCGCCGAGGACACGUUCCAGGGCCCGCAGAUCACAAAGGCCCAGUACGACAAGAUCCUCGGCUACAUCGAGGCCGGCAAGUCGGACGGCGCCAAGCUCGUGGCCGGCGGCGUGCCGCACAAGAACGUCGCCGGCGGCAAGGGCUUCUACAUCGAGCCCACCGUGUUCACCGAUGUCGGGCAGGGCAUGCGGAUCUUCCAGGAGGAGGUCUUUGGGCCGUUUGUCACCAUCACGCCCUUCAAGACGGAGGAGGAGGCCAUCAAGCUGGCCAACGGCACGUGCUAUGGUCUCGGAGCUGCCCUCUUCUCGCGGGAUAUCGAGCGGUGUCAUCGCGUGGCUGCGCGGCUCGAGUCCGGGAUGGUGUGGAUCAAUAGCUCGAACGAUUCCGAUAUCCGGGUUCCGUUUGGAGGUGUCAAAGCAAGCGGUGUCGGCAGGGAGCUGGGUGAGGCUGGCCUGGCUGCUUAUACACAGACGAAAGCCAUCCAUGUCAACAUGGGCACGAUGCUGUAG